GGCGGUGCGGCGCGGGCAGCCCGUGCGAGCAGCUGUGCCGCGAGCUACACGACGGCACGUACGAGUGCGGCUGCGGGCCCGGCUACGUGCUGCACGUCGACGGCUACGGCUGUCUAGAAUUGAAUUCAACAAAAGCCACUGUAACCUCGUUGGAUGCCGAAGAAGAUAUCUUAUAUCAGAAAGACGUAUCUUUCUCAGCUGAACUAGAAGUAGCGCCGUCCAAUAGAAUUAGUAAACCUAUUCUAAGCUUAAAACAUAUCGAGGAAGAGAAAAGAUUAACAACGUCACCGUCAGUGGACGCGAGACAUAACUAUACGUACACGGGGGAGAGAUCGAAACAGGUUGACGGACUGAAGAGCCUCAUUGAGGAUGGAAUCAGCAAAACUGACAUCAACAUUAUCGCUGACGAGAUCAAAGACGGGCUACUCGAGGCUAGUCAGAAGGUGACUACGAUUGGACCCAGUUUAGAACAAAAGGUGCCCGGUGCAACAGUGUCACCUCCGUGGACGGCGGCGGUGGAAGCAUGCGGGUGCGACUCUUCCUGUGGACCAGAAAGAUGUUCUUGCCACCAUCCUCUUAGCAAAUGCAAAUCAGAUCCGAACAUUUCAACGCCCCGUUUCUCCGGCUCGUCGUGGAUCGCGUUGCAUGCGUUGCGCGGCGCGUACAAGCGUGUGCGCGUACGCGUGCGCGUGCGACCAGAAACGCGCGCGCGGCGUGCUGCUGCUCACCGGCGAGCACGACGACCUCUCCGGCGACUACCUCGCGCUCAUGCUCAGGAAUGGACAUGUCGAACUCAGGUUCGACUGCGGCAGCGGCGCGGGCGUGCUGCGUUCCCCGGAGCCCGUCCGACUCGGCCACUGGAACACAAUCUCUGUGUACCGCCACCGCUGGGACGCCUGGCUGCGACUCAACAACGGAAAACGCGUGCGAGGCAGGUCCAAGGGUCUGUUUUCCCGGAUGACGUUCCGCGAGCCGGUGUGGGUGGGCGGCGCCGGCAACACUACCGGCCUCGUCAGCAAACUCGGCCUCUCCGACGGGCUGCUGGGGUGCGUCGACUUCCUGCGCAUCAACGGUGAUACCUAUCGUCUGCUCAAAGACGCCAUCGCCACGCUUGAAAUUGG